UUGAAUUCAUAUAUGCCAAGUAAGAAAAUAAGAAUGCCAGAGGGUCAACACAGAGGGACAUUACAGUUUCAUAUUGCACCAUAAAAGAAUGACUGAUCGAACAUCUGUGAUAAACAUUUAUUUCAUUUUAGUUUUCUUAUUAUCGUACAAUGAAGCAAAAUCAUAUCAUGCUGUGGUCAUUAUCCAUGGAGUGCUCACUGGAAGUGAUAGCAUGGAACUUAUUAGCAACAGAAUUCAGGAGAUUCACCCUGGAACCCCAGUUUACAACACUGUCAGAUUUGCAGGCUGGAGCAGUCUGGAACCAAUGUGGCAACAGGUAGAAGAAUUAGGCACAGAUGUACUCUCCAUAAGUGCUGCAUAUCCAGAAGGAAUUAAUUUAAUAGGUUACAGUCAGGGUGGUUUAUUAGCUAGAGCAAUAUUACAAAGGUUUCCUAUGCAUAAUGUGAGAAAUUUUAUUUCUCUAAGCUCGCCACAAGCUGGACAAUACGGAACACGUUUCCUGCAUUUGAUUUUCCCAGAUCUAGUUUGCGAAACUGCUUACGAACUCUUCUAUUCACGACUUGGACAACAUACUAGUAUUGGAAAUUACUGGAAUGAUCCCCAUCAUCAAGAACUAUAUUAUAAAUAUAGUAAGUUUUUACCAUUUGUGAAUAACGAAUCUGAUGGUUUCAACAAUUCCGAUUAUAAAUCAGGUCUAACCAAAUUGAAACGUAUGGUACUUAUUGGAGGACCAGAUGACGGAGUUAUUACUCCAUGGCAAAGUAGUCAUUUCGGAUAUUAUGACAACAAUGAAACUGUGGUAGAUUUGCGUGACAGAACUAUUUAUGUGGACGAUACAAUUGGUUUGAAAACAUUGGAUAAGCAAAAGAAAUUAAAAAUUAUUACUGUGCCAGGAAUUCCUCAUGCUGAAUGGCAUAAAAAUAUUUCUAUAGUAGAUCAAUUUUUAUUACCGUAUUUAGAUUAGCUCAAUGAUACAUGGAUAAAAUUAGAACAAUUUUUGCCAAAUAUAAUAGGGAACUUAGAUUAUUAAUUGGGUAAAUAAUUAAACAAUUGUAAAUUUAUUAAUCUAUUGCCAUGACAUUUCUUGCUCUCAUUUUAUAUGUAAUCAAAUUAUAAAAUUGUAAAAAAUGUAACUUGAGUGUACAUGUACAGCAUGCGUAUUGAGAGAUUAUGUCAUAUCAUGUCAAUAAUAUAAUUUAAAUGAUAUAUCGGGAGAGAGAAUAUAAAUCUAUUUUACGGCUAUGAAAUAUUCGAAAUUAAGAGGCAGAAUUAUUUGUUAUAAAUGUAUAUACUUCGCAAAUUGUUUAGGUGUACGACAUGUCAAUAAGAAAACGUUCAUAUUUUUACUUAUUAAUAAAUUUAUUAAUUUUUCUAUUAUAAAAUUA